CUUGAGCUCCUCCUCGCUGGCAUCGCGCCGCACCCCCAGCGCCUCGUAGUGACACUUCAUCGCCGGGCCGGGCGGAGGGCUGGGACUGGGGCCGGGGCCCAGGCCCGGGCCGAAGCCGCGGCGGCGGCGCUGGUGGUCCUCUCCUCCGGCGGGAGCCCGGCGCCCGCACCGGGCCAGCCAGCGAGCGCGGCCCCGGCGGCUGCGGCGGCGCGGAGAGGCAGAGAGAUCUCAUUAUCAUUCCCACAGCUUCAACUGUCAACUCUACAGAAAGAUCCCGUCAGGUGUGUCGUGUUCCGCGGGAGCAGGCGCUGGCCCCUGGAGCAUCCCUCGGGACCGGACGUGCGGUGGACGAUGCCCCUUCUCACCCAGCACUUCCAAGAUGAGAAUGAUCAGUACAGCUUAGUGGCCAGCCUGGACAACGUUAGGAAUCUCUCCACUGUCCUGAAAGCCAUUCAUUUCCGAGAUCAUGCCACGUGUUUCGCUACUAAAAAUGGAAUCAAGGUUACAGUGGAAAACGCAAAGUGUGUGCAAGCGAAUGCUUUUAUUCAGGCUGGGAUAUUUCAAGAAUUUAGGGUUCAGGAAGAGUCUGUUACUUUUCGAAUUAAUUUAACUGUCCUUCUAGACUGUUUAUCUAUUUUUGGAUCAAAUCCUAUGCCAGGGACUUUAACUGCACUUCGGAUGUGUUACCAAGGCUAUGGUUACCCUUUGAUGCUGUUUCUGGAAGAAGGAGGAGUGGUGACUGUCUGCAAAAUCAAUACUCAGGAGCCUGAGGAGACUCUGGAUUUUGAUUUCUGCAGCACCAAUGUAAUUAAUAAAAUUAUUCUGCAGUCAGAGGGGCUCCGUGAAGCAUUUUCCGAGUUGGAUAUGACAAGUGAGAUCCUCCAGAUUACCAUGUCUCCUGACAAGCCUUAUUUCAGGUUAUCUACUUUUGGAAAUGCAGGAAGUUCCCACCUUGACUAUCCUAAAGAUUCUGAUUUGAUGGAAGCAUUUCAUUGUAAUCAAACCCAGGUCAACAGAUACAAGAUUUCUUUACUAAAACCCUCUACAAAGGCAUUAAUCCUAUCUUGUAAGGUAUCGAUUCGGACGGAUAACCGAGGAUUUCUCUCAUUACAGUACAUGAUUAGAAAUGAAGAUGGACAAAUAUGUUUUGUGGAAUAUUACUGCUGCCCUGACGAAGAAGUUUCUGAGUCUUGAGUGUGACAAUUCACUGUGAUAUUUAUAUGUACAUUUAUGAUAGGCUAAGUUCUCAUUCUGAGUACUGUACUCUUCAUAAUUUUUUAGUGGAUUUUCUAUAAAGAAGUAUGGAGAAGUUAGGAGCAAGGUCCCUGUACCUUAAUAGUUGCUAUGUACUUUGUAAAUAUAUGUUUUCAUGCAGUCAGAGAUUAUCCAGUAUUGGACUGUCCUGUGGUUCUGUCUCUUGAAUUCAUGGGAAUCAUUGUGAGCCAAGAUGAAUAAACUGUAAGUUCUAUUCUGUUUAAGGAGAACAUUUCAAGAGUCUAAAGAUUUAAAGUUUGAUGAAGCCAUAUCUGAAAUAUUCUUUUAUUUAUUUCCUAUUAGAAAAAGCAAAGGCAUAUGGGCAUUGCUUAUUAGUUUAGUGUCGUGCCCAGACCAACAGCAUUAGAAUCACCUGGGUUGUCAGAAGCUCUGGGAAUGAGUCCAGCAACCUGUAUUUUAACAAGCUUCCACCAGUAAUUUCUUAUGUAUGCUAAAGUUUGGGAACUAUUGUUUUAAAGGAUACCAUUUUUUUUGUUUGUUUGUUUUUAAAUAGCAUUUACUUGCAUUGAAGUGAUUGCUUUUACAUGUGACUUCUUUGCAAACACUCUGAAGUUGAGGUAUCACCAAAUAACUGUGAACAAUUCUUUAUAUGAUUUAUUUUUAAAGUAUACUUUUUAAAGACAUCUGUAAACAGGAUAUAGAACAGUCAUCAGAGUUACAGAUUUCUUUCUUGUACUCAAAACUGUUCAAUUAAGUAAGUACUUAUUAGAUACCUUCCAUUUGCCUAUAAGAGUUUCUUGAUGAAAUCAAAGUGUAGAAAACCAGUUAUUAAAUGAUUUUGUACUUUCCUGAGUAGUUUUCACUGAAAUAAUU